AUGCUAUGGGUGGACAAGCACCGGCCAGCCACGCUGGACAAAAUCACUGUUCACCGCGACACGGCUUUACAGCUGAAGCAGCUGGUGCAAGCAGGCGACUGUCCGCACCUGCUGUUCUUCGGCCCGUCAGGUGCGGGCAAGAAGACUCUCGUGCUCGCUCUGCUGCGCGAGAUGUUCGGCCCCGGGGCUGAUAAGGUGAAGGUAGAGAACAAGCCGUGGAAGAUUGAGGCAGGCACGCGCAAGCUAGAGGUGGAGCUGACGACAGUGGCGAGCAACCACCACGUGGAGCUCAGUCCCAGCGAUGCCGGCUUUCAGGACCGAUACGUGGUGCAGGAGAUCAUCAAAGACCUGGCACGGAAUAGGCCCAUUGACUCCAAGGGCAACAGAAGCUUUAAGGUGCUGGUGCUGAACGAGGUGGAUCAUCUAAGCAGGGAAGCACAGCACGCACUGCGGCGCACCAUGGAGCGCUACACUGCUGCAUGCCGCAUCGUCAUGUGCUGCUCCUCCGCCUCUCAGGUCACAGAGGCUCUUCGCUCGCGAUGCCUCAACCUCCGCAUCGCUGCUCCAUCCCACGAUCAGAUAGUAGACGUGUUACAGGAGGUGGCCGGCAAGGAGGGAGUGACCUUACCGCCGGUGGUGGCAGGGCGGAUGGCGGUGAGCAGCAACCGCAACCUGCGCAAGGCACUGCUCUCCCUCGAGGCUGCCAAGGCCGCUCACUACCCCUUGAGCGACAACCAGCCGGUGCAGCAGAACGACUGGGAGCUAUGUGUGGCUGAGAUCGCUACUGACAUCAUCAGCGAACAUAGCCCCCGCCGGCUGUUUCAAAUACGAGCCAAGCUCUACGACCUUCUAAUCAACUGCAUCCCGCCACACCUCAUCCUCAAGCGCCUGACAGUGGAGUUGAUGCGCAAGAUGGACGCGGAGCUGAAGCACGACGUGUGCCACUGGGCCGCCUUCUAUGAGCACCGGUUGCAUCUGGGGCAGAAGUCGAUAUUCCACCUGGAAG